AUGCCCAAGAACUUUGUCAUUCUAGGUGCAGGCCUGACUGGCCUUCCUCUGGCUCACUAUGUUCUCAAACAUUAUGCCACCAAACAUGACCUCAAAGUCAUCCUCGUCUCGCGAUCCGACGAAUUCUAUUGGAACAUAGCAACUCCGAGGGCUGCUAUACCCGGCCAGUUCACCGAUGAUCAAGUCUUCUUCUCAAUCCCCAAGGCGUUUUCCAAGUACCCCUCUCAGAUAUUCGAGUUUGUUCUCGGAAAUGUCGAGGCCUGGGAUCCAGAUGAAAACUCGGUCGCCGUGAACCAAACUAAUGGGCAAACACGGGUGCUUCACUACGAUACUAUCCUUGUGGCCACUGGCAGUGACUACGUCGACAACAUGCCUUGGAAGCUAGUUGGAACAUCUCAGGAAACCCGUGGAUCCCUCGCCAAAUUACGGGAUGCAGUGGACAAGGCCAAAUCGAUCGUCGUGGGCGGUGGAGGUCCGACGGGCGUUGAGUUUGCUGGUGAACUUGGUCAUGAGUAUGCAAAGGCAGGCAAGAAGGAGGUGACACUAGUUAUCACCGACAAACUCCCCCUCGAGGCCAAAAACCUUGAGGCGACACGACAGGCAGCCAAGAGGGAGCUUGAGAAGCUCAAGGUGAAGGUUAUUCCGAGUGCCAGAGUUACAAACACCACUCACAAGGACGGAGGAGGAAGUAUCCUGGAGCUCACAAAGGCCGAUGGGACCAAGGAGGUGCUCGAGACGGAUUUGUUCGUGCCUACUUGGGGCAUCACCUUCAACACCUUCUUUGCACCCUCUUCCCUACUCGAACCAAACGGCCGCCUCAAAGUGACAUCCUCUCUCCGCGCUCCAGGCUACGACAACGUUUUCCUAGCCGGCGACGCCGCAAACGCCGACUCGUACGCCGCCACCAUUAGGGAACCUCAGGUGCGCUAUCUUGCCACUGCGAUCGGUCAGUACCUUGCUGGAGGAAAGGUGCAGGAAUACUCUCCAGAAACAAAGGUCGGACUCGCUGCUUCGGUUGGACCAAGUCGUGGAGUUGGCCAGAUGGGAAACUUUAACAUGUGGAGUUUUCUUGUGUGGUAUUUCAAGGCUCGGCAUAUGUGCACGAAUGUUGCUGCCGAGUACGCAGCGGGUGAGAGUCUCAUCUUGGGGUCCUUUUGA